CGCAGAAGUCAUUUUCUCUUCCUUAAAAUGACAGAAGGUCGCAAAGCUGUAGUUGUUGGGAUCAGUGGCUGCUCAUCUAGUGGGAAGACGACUUUAAGCCGCUUACUACGAGACAUCUUUCCGAACACCUUCGUUCUUCAUGAGGACGACUUCUACAGACCCGAAGUCGAUCUUCCAAAGAAACAUGACUUGCUCGACUGGGAUUGCGCAGAAUCUUUGAACAUUCCAGACAUUGCCAAGUCUCUCGACUAUAUCAGCAAGACUGGCACUUUUUCGCCGGACCUCGACUCGAAGGAAGACAAGAAUUCCCUAGGAGAAUGCCCUGUCUCUGAUGCCACGAUCGCCGAACUCAAAACUCGAGUCAAGCUCUGGACAUCAUCCGGCAACCUAGGCUUCGGUGUCCUCGAUGGUUCUCCGAAAGCAGUACGACUCUGCGUCUUCGACGGUUUCUUGCUUUACUCAAAAUCUAUGGCGGCAAUCCAACCACACAUGGACAUCAAAUUUUUUCUCCGGGUAAGUCACGCAAAAGCCAAAGCUAGAAGAGAGGCACGGAGCGGAUAUGUGACUCUUGAGGGCUUCUGGGAAGACCCGCCGGGUUACGUGGACAACAUCGUUUGGCCGAAUUACGUCGAAGAUCACAAAUGGAUGUUUAAGGGCGAAAACGUUGAAGGAGACUUUAAAGACGACAUUCUUAAGGAGUGGAACAUACAAUGCCAGCAAGAUGGCUUGGACAUUGACAUGGAGACUACUUUGAGAUGGGCUGUAGAGAACUUGAUGGAGCAAUUGCCCGCGCUAGUCAAAGACCUGUGACAGGGUACAAAGUCUUUGUAAUCUCACAUUUAGCUCUAUCAUCUUCCGACCUCUCUUUGUAUCUUUCUCGCUUCUCCAGCGAGGUCAAAGUAUCUCUGUGU